AUGCGGUUCGAAAACAAGCUCUUCUUGCUCACCUCUCUCUUCGGCGUCGCAACGGCCUAUCGUCGAAGCUGCAGGCUCAAAGCCACCGAAGGCGACACCGACCUCGGCUUUUACACCGUUGAAAAGACCGACACCUGGGCUCUUAUCGCGGCCGACUUCUGCACUUCGGUAGCAAACCUGCAAGACUUGAAUCCUUCCCCUCCGACUGCCACCAACCUGAUCCUAACCGUUCCGUGCAAAACCCGAGUGCGCGAUUGCGCCCGGAUCUCGGGCACUAACUAUGGGUACUAUACGGUCGUCGACGGCGACGAUUUGACAAAUAUUGCGUCGGAUUUCUGCACCCAACGCGGUGGUAUAAUAUCCUCAAACUCCGGCAUCUAUUCGGAAUACGAUCUUUACCCGGGCUUGAUCAUCCAGGUUCCGUGCCGUUGGAACUAG